AUGGUUCUUGCCGCCGUGGGGCAGCUUUGCGCGACAGCGAGCAUAACUUCUAAUUUGGCUCAAUGCCAGACUUUGAUUAAGAAAGCAGCCGCAGCUGGAGCUAAGGUUCUGUUUCUGCCCGAGGCUUCGGACUAUAUAGCUUCUUCAGCCGACGAGUCCCUUGCUCUCGCUAAAUCGACAGACCGAGGAGACUUUGUGUCGGCGCUUCAGGAUGCAGCUAAACAAGAGAAAAUCCAUAUCAACGUUGGCAUCCAUGAGAUAGCUUCAGAGCAGAGACUCAAGAACUGCUUGGUCUGGAUCGACGAUAAGGGUGUCAUCACCCAAAAAUAUCAAAAAAUACAUCUCUUUGACGUUGACAUUAAAGAUGGACCAGUUCUCAAAGAAAGCGCGAGCGUCCAACCGGGCAAAGAGAUUCUUCCGCCAUUUGAAACCCCUGUAGGACGUGUCGGUCUAGCAAUAUGUUUUGAUUUACGCUUUCCCGAGAUUAGUCUGGCUUUGAGGCGUCAGAAAGCCGACAUCAUCACCUACCCGUCGGCCUUCACGGUGCCAACAGGGAAAGCCCACUGGGAAUCGCUGAUCCGUGCCAGAGCCAUUGAGACCCAGUCCUAUGUCAUUGCCGCAGCACAGGCUGGUCCCCACAACGAAAAACGUCAAAGUUAUGGUCAUUCCAUGAUUGUCAACCCUUGGGGAGAGAUAGUCGCAGAACUAGGAGAAGAUCACGAUGAGCCACAGAUUGCGACGGCGGAUAUUAACCUAUCUUUGGUGGCAAAGAUCAGGCAAGAGAUGCCACUUCUUCGAAGAACCGAUCUCUACCCCGAGAUCUAG